ACCGUCUCUCUCUCUCUCUCUUUUCUUCUGAGCUCGCUCAAAUAUCUCAUCAAUGGCGAAUAUGAAUAUGAAGACUGAUUUUGAUCGGAUCAAAGGUCCAUGGAGUCCUGAAGAAGACGAUAUGUUACAGAGGCUUGUUCAGAAACAUGGACCGAGGAAUUGGUCACUUAUUAGCAAAUCUAUAUCAGGUAGAUCUGGUAAAUCUUGUAGGUUACGAUGGUGUAAUCAGCUUUCUCCUCAAGUUGAACAUCGUGCUUUUACUCUUGAUGAAGAUGAGAUUAUUAUACGUGCGCAUGCUAGGUUUGGUAAUAAAUGGGCUACAAUCGCCAGAUUAUUGUCUGGAAGGACUGAUAACGCGAUUAAGAAUCAUUGGAACUCUACCUUGAAGAGGAAGAGUUCUUCAUUUGAAAACGCUGAUAAUGGAGAUGACGAUUACUUGACUCCAAAUCCACAGCCGCUUAAGAGAUCCGUUAGCGCCGGCUCGGCUUUUUACUUGAAUCCGAGUAGUCCAUCUGGAUCUGAUGUUAGCGAUUCUAGUCUACAGCUUUCAUCUUCUUCUCAUGUUUAUCGUCCUAUCGCCAGAUCUGUCUGCGUUUUGCCGUCUUCUCCUCCUCAACCGCCGGCGCCGAUGAUUGAUCCUCCAACCUCUUUAUGUUUAUCGCUUCCAGGUACUGAUAUCCGUGAGGAAGAGGCGAAGCCGAUUCAGUUGGUUCCGGUGCCUGCGCCGGCGCCGGAAACCAGGUUGGAUCUGGGAACACCGGUGGAGAAAGCGUUCAUGCCGUUUAAUGCUGAGUUUCUGGCGGUGAUUCAGGAUAUGAUAAAGAAGGAGGUUAGGAGCUAUAUGGCUGAACAUGGAGGAGGAACUGGAACUGGAGGUGUGAUGUGUGUGCAGCAGGCGGUGGCGGAGAGGUUCAUGAAUUCGGCUGUGAAACGAAUUGGAGUGAAUCGGAUCGAGUAAUGGAUGAAAAACAAGGAUCUUUGAUCUAUAAAGAAGCUCAUAUCCCUAUCUUUGAGCAGUUAAAUCCGCCGGAGAAGAAAGAUGCAGGCAUUGUACAAACAGAGAAGAAAUCAACGGCAUAGUUGCCGCCGGCCGGUUCAGGGGAAAUCGUAGCUUUUUUUUUUUUUUUUUUUAUAAAAAAAAUAAAAAAAAUUAUCAGAUAGAAAAAACAUCGAGAAACAAAAUACUAGUUGUCUCUUUUAAAACUGGAGAAAAAUAAUUUACUCCU